GGAAUAUGGAAACGAUACAGGAAGUUAGGAACUGCUUCAUGCGUACAUGAGUAUAUCGUAGCUUUCCAUCUGACAUUUCUGCAAAGUUUUAGACAUAUUUUAUGGUGUUAUCUUGAAUAACUUCAUCAAUUAACAAAGCAAAGCAACGUUCGAGUUAUUUGGAAACCAUAGAAUGGCAACUGAGACAAAACAACGCGUUGUGCUUAUUCCCGUCGAUGCAAGUGACCUGUGUGAAAAGGCAUUCCAUUGUGAGUAGCCGAGCAUGAAUUCAAGAUACAUAUUUGGUGCAGUAUAUUUAUUUAUUUAUUUAAUGCAGUGUUUUUAUGUAUUUAUUUAAUGCAAUUAUUUUGAAGCAACACUCAUUUGAAGGAUUGAAAUAGUAUACUUAUUUUGCAGUUUGUCGUUUCUUAUUUGCCUUUUGGAGAAAUGCUGCAUGGGGUGUACGUCUGGUCAUGCAGCUCAACUCCCCUGCCCAUAAUUUAAAGAUACGGGUCCUACUAAAUACUGCCCGGAGCACGCGGGAGCGCCCGAGAGUGCCCAAGAGCGUCCGAGAGUGCCCAAGAGCAAUCGAGAGUGCCCAAGAGCAUCUGAGAGUUCCCGGGCCGGAGCGCCCAGGGAUAUACAAGAUAUGGUAUAAAUCAGUGUACGAUCCUUUCUGAAUCCCUAUGAUGCAUUAUAUUAAUGAAAAAUAAUAUUAAAAGUGAUUUUCAACCAUGCAGCCUGGUGACAAGCAGUGUGGAACAUGAGAUAAUAAUUAUUUUCAUUAAUAUAUAAAUGCCUCAUAGAGACUCAGAAAGGAUUGUACACUGAUUUACACUAUCUUGUAUACCCCUUGGGGAAAUGUGAGGGCGCCCAGGCUCGCUUUCACACAUCUCUGGGUGCUCCCGGCAGUAUUUAGUAGGGCCGAAAGAUAUAUUACUGAAUAUUUUGACAUUUAAGUCUUGUAGACAUGCAAGAAUGUUAUGUCAUGAUAACAAUCAUCCAUUUUGGGUGGCAAAAAUCAUGGCAACCAUUUAAAUUAUGCUGAUCUUUAUUUUGCAUGUUGUAUAAUAAUGUACUGUACUAGUACUAUAGCCCCCUACCUUUUAAUGCUUUUAUGUGAGUGUACAUAUGCCACGAGAAUGAACAAAUUAACGUGUAUUUAUCUGGGGUGCACCUGAUUUUUCAGAGUUCUGGUAACGGCAGGGUCUAAUAAAAAAAGCAUGGCCGGAAUCGGAACUCUGUUGUUUUCAGAGAGAUAGAAUAUCAAACGUUUUUGUGUCUAACAAAGGUUCACAGUAGGAAGAAAGUUGGACUACACAAGGAAAAUGUAAACUAUUUAUUUUUAACACUUCAUUAUGGCAUUUAACAUUUGUCAAAUGAAUCUUUUUAUUCUAACAUUUGCAAGCUCUCUCCUUGAUGACUUGAAGUGUCUGACUGUCUGGCAUCCGGUUCCGGCCAGAACUUUUUUCCAGUUCCGGCAGGAUACGGUUCCAGCUGGAACUUUAAAAAUUGGUUCCGGUGCACCCCAGGGUUCGAAAUAGCCGGCAGCUUUAGGACCUUGCCAGGGAUUUUUAAAUUCAAAGCAUAGGGGACCGGCGAAAAUAUUUAUUCACCGAUGACUCGCUUACAAUAAUACAUACAUAUACACAGAACCUGUUAAUGUUUGUUCCUUCACCAAAUAAAAUGUAUUGCUGUGUUCUUACAAAUGUUGUAUUGGAAUUUACAUCACUACUGUAACAGUAUUACUUGGCCUAUGGCUAUGUCCAUUCCAGAACAUAACCAAACUUCGCUAAGUGGAAAAUAGCUGGCAAAUAUUUUCACCUACAAAAAACAGCCUACAAAAUUUGACAUAUUUUCAGAACGCUAUUUCGAACCCUGCACCCCUAGUAUUUAUUCUCAGUUCUCACAGUUUGCAGUAAAUACUAUGCAAUACCACAACCUCAUGCCCAGGAUCUAGCUUCCCUCCUGGGUGGGAAAGACCCUGGUACUCACACAUGAUCUAGCAGGUUUUUGGUUAAUGUAUGCUUUUGAGUUAUUUAUGUUUAUUGGAAUAUACAAGUGAACACUUCUGCACAUAUAGCAAACAUUGACUAGCUACUACAUUGCCACCCCUCCCAAAUCUAUAUUUUAGUUAUAUUGUGUGACCAAUGACCAUAUGAGGGUCAAGAGGGUUGGUAAUACCAAAUAUUGUGUGUCUAGUAGCAACUAUAUUUUUAACUCUGUGUGACAAUGGGUCGUUCCAGAAAAGAUCCACACUCCCCCCACGGAGGAAAUUUCUGCCGUCCGGAGGGGGGAGGGGAGAAAAAAUUGUUUCUGAUAAUAGUAAAUGUAUUAGGACAUCCGAAGGGGGUAGGGGGUUAACUUCCAAUUUCCUCCGUGGGGGUGGUAUGGAUGUUUUCUGGAAUGACCCAAUGGGUACCCUGGAUCAGGGGGUUUCCUGUUUAGUUAUAUAACCUGUAGCCUGCACUUAAAUGCCAAUUAGAUUAAAACACACCAGAAAACCUUUGCACCCAGACUAGUCAAUGUUUUUUUUUUGGAUUUUAAUCCCGAAAUUCUCCCAUUUCUGAAAAAUGUCCCACCACCAAGAAAAAAGAGAGAAAGGAAGAAGAAAAAUAUGGAAAGGGAAGAAGCUUAAUUGUUAUAACCAGAAACAGAAUGUAUUUCCUAAUAGCUAUCAAAUAAAUUAAAUAAUGUAAUUGUUGUUAAUUUGUAUUUUACAGGGUAUGUGGAAAACAUGCAUCAUAAAGGAGAUAAGUUAAUUAUAUUUCACUGCCAUGAAUUUCAUCCACCUACAUUCCCACGUAAGUAGCAAAUUAUUCGCAUAUCAAGCAGCAAGGGCAUGUUGAUGUUCAUCAUGUGGGUGAAUAAAGUUAACCAUGCUGCAGGCAGAAUAAAUCUAUGUGUUUUGUUGUCUUUCAGUUAGCUUAAUCAGAUGGUUUGCAGGACAAGACAAAAAUAUUAAUAUAUAGCAUUAACACUGAAAUUUGUGCUUGCUCAUGUUCUAUUGAGGGGAAGGGAGGGGAAUUAAGUCAAUAGACCUUUCCCCUUAUGAGUGAAAUUUUGAUCUAGAUAUGCCUGGACGAAAAUUUUAUCACAGCUUGAAAGAGCAUCACAAAAUUAGUAAUAUUCCAAAGUUUUGUUGCGAAAUGUUGUAAAAUGCGGAUAAUAUAGCCUUGCCAAGUUUGCCGUUUUUCAGUCAUUUUGCAUUACAUUUUGCAACGAAACUUCGGAAUAUUACUAAUUUUGUGAUGCUCUUUCAAGCUAUGAUGAAAUUUUUAAUUGUCCAGACUUGUCUAGAUCAAAAUUUCACUCAAAAGGGGAAAGGUCUAUUCUACUAAUAAGGAAGUUUAUUCUACCAACUAGGAGUCUAGGAAAGCAUAAUUCAUGCUUUAUUUUUUUUCAAUAUUGUCAAUAUAAAAUUUAAUCUUUAACGUACCCAUCACUGCCAGUUCUCUCCUCUUCACGAGUAAAAUUGUCUGGCAUUGCGUGGACUGGGGUCAAUGCAACUUUAAGAAUGGGUAAAAGAGGAAAAUUACAAAAAAUGCUCAACGAUUCAAUUAUAGUUUUUGGAGAAUACCCUCACAAAAACUAGGCAAUUUGUGGGAAAUUUUAACCUGACAAAGCCAAAAGCUAAAAAUUGCCAAAUUUACCUAGUGUGAAGAUUCAAUGAAAAUAGAAGAUAGCUUUUACUUAUUGCAUUUGAAUUUCUUAACUAGAUGCAUUGGAAAGUGUAGAGUGGAAAAAACUUGUUGAUGAACAUGAAGAAAAACUGAAAGCACUCGAGACAAAGUACAAGGCAAAAUGUGAAACAGAACAGGUUAAUAAGACUUCAUUGUUAAAUCUUAGUCACUAUUGCUUCAGAGUUUGCAUCUAGCCUGAGGAAGUAGACGUUCUGUCACUCCUCUGCAUUGCAUAAUAUCUUAUAUGCAAUAUGGGUCAUUCCAGAAAAGAUCGACACUCUCUCCAUAGCCUGCGAACAGGCUCUCUUUGAACUCUCUUUGAAUUCCAAGAGCCUGUUCGCAGGCUACUCUCCCCAGGGAGGAAAUUUCUGCCGUCUGCAGACUUCUAAGGUCCAAUUCCAGAAUUCCAUAGCAUUGUAUAACAGAAUUGCAGGAAUGGAACCUGCGAUUCCGGCUCUGUGACCAUUGACCCAUGUACAGAGUAGAAAUGUUAAUUAGUGUGCUUUGAAUUCUAGAUUUCUGCACGAAUCUUGGUUCAUGGUGGUAGUAUUGGACCAGAGAUUUGCAAGUGUGCUGAAACGGAAUGUGUUACCUCUAUUGUGAUCGCAAGCCGUGGUCAUGGAACAAUAAGAAGAACUGUGUUAGGAAGUACUUCUGAUUUUGUGUUGCAUCAUGCUCAUGUGCCUGUUGUUAUUGUACCCAAAACUAAGGGUAAACACUAAAUGACAUUUUUUACGCUGGUCAUUUCAUUUAUGCAUGUGGUUAGUUUAGGCUCUUGAUUCUUGUCCAAAAAUAGUGAUUAACAUAAUGAUUGAAUAAAGGUAAAUUAAUU